CCGUCUUCUGACGCACUUUCUCACGCUAACACCGAGUACUCUCCAAUCUAAGUGACGCCAUCGUCACUUCUACACACUAGAGAGGUUGUCGUAACGUAUCUUUCUGCCAUGAAUUCUUUAACCGAAACAAGUGCUCAGAGUAGUCGCAAGAGUAACCCCGUGAGAUGGUUUCCAGACUUUUCUCAAUGCAAGAGCAGUGUUGAUGCCAACAGUGUCAAGACGAAGAUUGUCAGGUGGUUUCCGGACCUGCAUCAAUGUUGUACAAGCGGAGGGGAGAAGCAGAACCCUCUACCGAAGGUCAGUGCAAAUGGUGAGAAAACCGCCGAUGACUGUUUGUUUCCGAAGCGUCCGCGAUCGAACACGACAACAGGAACGGUUAUUACGUCAUGCCGAGCAACAAACACAGUGAUGGGUGUCUGCGCAGCCGGCAAAACGGGGAGUACAAUCCCGAUAGAGCGCCAAGGGAAGCGCCAGUGCCCGAACGCUGAAGGCGAACAAUCCAGAGAGAGAGACGAUGUACAGGACAUGAGCGAGAACUUUGUUGUGAAAGAAACGCUCCACGGCAGCGUGGCGCAAGAAUUGCGUGACAACGGCACUGAGGAAGAGGAACCUAGUGACGAGGAUGAUGAGGAGGGUGAAUCGAGCGACGACGAUGAGGAGGAGGAGGAAACGAGCGAGGAUGCCGAUUCGGAAGACAGACUCUAAGGAUGAUGAAGGGAAGAACGAGUCGGGAAUUGAUGACGACAUGUUCAAGAAGAGUCCAUCUGGAGAUCUUUUAGGAGAAGCGAAGCAGAUAAUAGCACAGGAGGUGAGAAGAGGAUUGUACAACAAAUCAAGCAAGAGUGA